CUUAGUGUGGUGGUGCUCGGGAAUUGUUUGAAUUUUUGGGGCUUUUGUGCCGCAAAGGUGCUGCUUUUGAGGUAGCUUGAGGGGGCUUUCAUGUUACCGCGGGCGGAUUGCCGCUUCCCUGCGUGGAAUGUGUGAGCACUGAGGGGUCCUCUGCGUGCUGUGGAGGAUCCCGUCGCAAGAGUUAGAAGCUUGUUGAAAGGAUCGAAGGAAAUGUUCUCGUCGGGGCCGGAUUCUUCUCGAGACACGCCGGUUGCCGAGGGGGCGGUGCAGAUUCUGACGCGGUUCGUAUGGCCGUAUGGUGGGAAUAGGGUGCUCCUAACUGGUUCUUUCAGGAGGUGGUCGGAACUUAUACCAAUGUCUCCUGUGGAAGGUUGUCCUACUGUAUUCCAGGCAAUCUGCAGUUUGGCUCCUGGCAUUCAUCAGUACAAAUUCUUUGUUGAUGGAGAAUGGCGGCACGAUGAACGGCAGCCUUUCGUGACCGGAGAGUAUGGGAUAGUAAACACUUUGUAUUUGACUGGUGAUGUUGAUCCUAUGCCUUCACUGUUGAGCCCUCACACGCCUAGAAAUAGGACGACCAUGGAUGUUGAUAAUGACAGUGUGGUGAGCCCUCGUAGAAUUUCAGAGACUGAUAUUGAAAUAUCGAGGCAUCAUGUUUCUGACUUUCUAUCCCGACACACUGCAUAUGAUUUACUCCCUAACUCCGGAAAGGUCAUUGCUUUUGAUGUUAAUUUGCCCGUGAAGCAGGCUUUUCAUAUUCUAUAUGAACAGGGAAUUCCUGUUGCUCCUCUGUGGGAUUUCUACAGAGGACAAUUUGUUGGAGUACUUAGCCCAUUGGACUUCAUAUUAAUAUUGAGAGAGCUCGGAAAUCAUGGCUCAAACCUAACAGAGGAAGAGCUUGAGACCCACACAAUAUCUGCUUGGAAACGGGGAAAGCAGCAACUUUACCGGCAAAUGGAUGGGCACGGUCGACCAUUUCAAAGGCAUCUAAUGCAUGCCAGCCCGUAUGAUUCCUUGAGGGAUGUAGCUUUAAUGAUUCUGCAAAAUGAUGUUUCCACUGUUCCAAUCAUCCAUUCAACAUCAGAAGAUGGAUCCUUUCCGCAGUUGCUGCAUCUCGCAUCCCUUUCAGGAAUUUUGAAAUGUAUCUGCAGGUACUUUAAACACUCUUCUAGUGCUUUGCCGGCUCUACAGCAACCAGUGUGUACAAUUCCUUUGGGUACAUGGGUUCCUAAAAUUGGGGAUCCAAGUGGGCGUCCACUGGCCAUGUUGAGACCAAAUGCGUCACUCAGCUCUGCUCUUUCUUUGUUGGUUCAAGCUCGUGUAAGUUCAAUACCUAUUGUUGAUGACAAUGACUCGUUGCUGGAUACAUAUUCUAGAAGUGACAUCACAUCAUUGGCUAAAGACAGAGCUUAUACCCAUAUUCACCUUGAUGAGAUGAGUAUCCAUCAGGCACUGCAACUUGCCCAAGAUGCGAAUUCGCCGCACAGGUUCUUCUAUGGACAGAGAUGCCAAAUGUGCCUCCGCUCUGAUACAUUGCUUAAAGUGAUGGAGCGAUUGGCAAGCCCCGGUGUUCGCCGUGUGAUUAUUGUCGAGGCCGGUAGCAAGCGUGUCGAGGGCAUAAUAUCACUAAGCGACGUUUUCAGGUUUUUGCUUGCCUAAACAACGACCUGCUAUUUAAACCUACCAAUUUUGUGAAAAAUGAACAGGAAAACUUUGCAAGCUUUAUUACUUUGCCUGAGGUUUUCGCAUUUGACGCUUUAUUGGAUGGAGCAUGGAUAAGGAUUUGUGCAUUGUCUUUUUAAUGUGUUACAGCCAGCCACUAGGGGGUCUGUAAAUGUUCAAAUUUUCUUAUUCUUUUCUGGUUUCAAUUUUUUUUUUUUUUCUUUUAUGUUCUAUUACUCGGAUAAUGUCUCCAAGUCCUUACUCCUGUUUUAUCGGAAACAUCCUGCUGAAUGAUCUAAGGGGCUUGAUCUUUUAUAUUCAUCCUAUUGGUCUAAAAGCAGAAAGCAGUACGGAGCGAAAAGGAGCUGCUGUUUCAUGUAAUGCCAUGGAAAACCAUCACUGGUGGGGCCAUGAAAACUGUAAUUCAGCAAGCAGUACAUGAAGUUAAAAGAAAAAAAAGUAAAAAAAAGAAAUUAUUCUUUCCUGACUUUGAACAUCCUUUUGCCUCUCUGUUAUGAUCUUAACUUAAAUGAAUGUCCCAUGGGAGACGAAUCGUGCAGUGAGACGAAGUUUCGAAUAAACACUCUUUGCACGUCUCUUUAUGUUAUUGCGACCAAGGUGGAGUUUGUUCGUUCGAUGCUACAAAAUAACUUACUUGAAGAGGCGGAAGGGGAUCGAAGGUUGUUGUAUGGACUCUCCCUUACUGCUCUGGUUCGAAGGGAGGCUAAUGUUCUUCGCUCUACAUUCUGUUAUGUUUCAGUUGGUCGGUGUUUCCAAAUGCUUGAGCUUUUAUUUAGUCCGUAUAUUGGUUUAGUAUAGUUGAAGAAAUGUGCAGUGAUCAGCUUUGUUGUGCGAACUGUACGGUUCGACGGAUGUGAUUUUGUCAAGUAGGUAUGGCGGUUGGUAUUUUCUUGGACUGUUUUGUUUCUUCUGGUUGAAAGUUGUGUGUCCAA